CUUUGAUCCGUUGGCUGCCACGUCUUUUUGUUCUUGUCUGUGACUGCGUUUGGAGAGUAGAAAGCGGAAGAAGCAGAAGAAAAGAUCGUAGCGGUUGUUGGAGGAGCAGAGAGAGAGAGAUGAAAGUAUACCACGUUCCUUGCUUGGAGGACAACUACUCCUACCUCAUAAUCGAUGAGAGGUCAAAAGAAGCGGCAGUAGUGGAUCCAGUAGAGGCUGAGAAGGUAGUACAAUUUGCCAAACAACACGGCGUCCUUCUCAAGUUCGUUCUCACCACACACCAUCACUGGGAUCACGCUGGUGGAAAUGAGAAAAUAAAGGAGCUGGUACCGGGGAUUAAGGUUUAUGGUGGUUCGUUAGAUAAUGUGAAGGGUUGCACUGAUAAACUGGAAAACGGUGAUAACAUCACUCUUGGUGCUCAUCUCAAUAUACUCUCUCUUCACACUCCUUCCCACACCAAUGGUCACAUUAGUUAUUAUGUGACUAGCAAAGAGGAAGAAGACCCAGCUGUUUUCACUGGAGACACAUUGUUUAUUGCUGGUUGUGGGAAAUUUUUUGAGGGAACGGCAGAGCAGAUGUAUCAAUCGCUAUGUGUAACAUUGGGUUCAUUGCCAAAGCCAACUCGAGUAUACUGUGGCCAUGAGUACACGGUGAAAAACUUGCAGUUUGCUCUGACAGUUGAACCAGAUAAUGUUAAGAUACAACAAAAGUUAACAUGGGCCCAGCAUCAGCGGCAGGCAGGCCUUGCCACUAUUCCCUCAACCAUUGAGGAAGAAUUAGAAACAAAUCCAUUCAUGCGGGUUGAUCUACCUGAAAUCCAGGCGAGGGUUGGUUGUGGUUCGCCUGUUGAAGCUAUCCAGGAGAUAAGAAAGCGGAAGGACAACUGGAGGGGCUAAUAGAUGAUCUGCAUAAUGCUUUUUCCCUUUUUACCAUGUGUGUGUGUUAAUAAAGUCACGAGUUUGUGAAAUAUUACACCCCUUCCAGAGAGAUCUCUGUGUGCUUCGGUUGGCAGGGUCUUAGAUUACUAUUUUCUUGGCAUGUGUGGCAGAAUUACCGAGUCUUUGUGAUGAUGAAUGUCUCUUUAAUUA